GCCGGGCCGGGCAGGGGACCGAAGGGCGGGCCCCAAGCCGCGGCCUCGCCUCAGCUACUUCCCGGCAGCUCCGGGCGGCCUCCCGGGACCCAGAGCUCCGCCGGGCUGGGCGCUGCCACCAUGCUGCAGAAGCGGGAAAAGGUUCUACUUCUGAGGACCUUCCAGGGCCGGACACUGCGGAUCGUGCGUGAGCACUACCUGCGGCCCAGCGUGCCCUGCAACAGCGCGCUCUGCCCGCAGCCCGCCGCCUGCCGCAACGAGGGGAAGCUCUUGUCUAGUGAUGUGACUCAUUAUGUGAUCCCAGACUGGAAAGUAGUUCAAGAUUACCUUGAGAUCCUUGAAUUUCCAGAGUUGAAGGGAAUUAUUUUCAUGCAAACGGCUUGUCAAGCUGUGCAGCAUCAAAGAGGCCGGAGACAGUAUAACAAAUUGAGAAACCUCCUGAAGGACGCACGUCAUGAUUGCAUUCUCUUUGCUAAUGAAUUCCAGCAGCACUGCUAUCUCCCUCGGGAAAGAGGAGAAUCCAUGGAAAAAUGGCAGACCAGGAGCAUAUACAAUGCAGCUGUUUGGUACUAUCACCACUGCCAGGAUAGGAUGCCCAUUGUUAUGGUGACAGAAGAUGAAGAGGCGAUUCAGCAGUAUGGAAGUGAAACAGAAGGAGUAUUCGUGAUUUCUUUCAAGAAUUACCUGGACAACUUUUGGCCAGACCUAAAAGCUGCCCAUGAGCUUUGUGAUUCUAUCCUUCAGUCUCGACAGGAGAGGGAGAAUGAGAGUCAGGAGAGCCAUGGAAAGGAGUACCCAGAACAUCUUCCCUUGGAAGUGUUAGAAGCUGGCAUCAAAUCUGGACGCUAUAUCCAGGGGAUUCUGAAUGUCAAUAAACACAGAGCACAAAUAGAAGCUUUUGUUCGACUUCAAGGAGCCAGCAGUAAAGAUUCAGGUUUAAUCAGUGACAUCCUAAUCCACGGCAUGAAGGCUCGGAACCGCUCUAUUCAUGGAGAUGCUGUGGUUGUGGAACUGCUCCCUAAAAAUGAAUGGAAAGGAAGAACCGCUGCCCUGUGUGAGAAUGACAGUGAUGACAAGGCUUUGGGCGAGUCCCCCAGCGAGCCCAUGCCUACAGGUCGAGUAGUGGGCAUUCUUCAGAAGAACUGGAGGGAUUAUGUGGUGACGUUUCCAUCCAAAGAAGAGGUCCAAUCGCAGGGCAAAAAUGCUCAGAAAAUCCUAGUUACACCUUGGGAUUACAGAAUUCCCAAAAUUCGAAUUAGUACCCAGCAGGCAGAAGCCCUCCAGGUAGCCAACACUGACUUCAGGGUGGUUGUGCGCAUCGAUUCCUGGGAGUCAACAUCUGUGUAUCCAAAUGGGCAUUUUGUGCGUGUUUUAGGAAGAAUUGGUGAUCUGGAAGGGGAGAUUGCAACCAUCUUGGUAGAAAACAGUAUUUCAGUUGUCCCUUUCUCAGAAGCUCAGAUGUGUGAGAUGCCAGUUAACACACCAGAAAAUCCUUGGAAGGUGAGUCCUGAAGAGGAACAAGUACGUAAAGACUUAAGAAAAACCCAUCUUGUGUUCAGCAUUGACCCCAAAGGUUGUGAAGAUGUGGAUGACACACUCUCAGUCCGAACCUUAAAUAAUGGCAAUCUGGAACUUGGAGUCCACAUUGCAGAUGUAACACACUUUGUGGCUCCCAAUUCUUACAUUGAUGUUGAAGCUAGAACAAGGGCCACCACUUAUUAUUUAGCAGAUCGUCGCUAUGACAUGCUGCCCUCUAUCCUCAGUGCUGAUUUGUGUUCCCUGCUGGGAGGUGUUGAUAGGUAUGCUGUAAGUGUCAUGUGGGAAUUGGAUGAAACCUCUUAUGAAAUUAAGAAAGUGUGGUAUGGCAGAACCAUUAUUCGAUCAGCUUAUAAACUCUUCUAUGAAGCAGCCCAGGAACUACUGGAUGGAAACUUCAGCAUUGUUGAUGAUAUUCCAGAACUUAAAGAUCUGGAUGAGAAGAGCAGACAAGUCAAGCUGGAGGAAUUAGUGUGGGCAAUUGGAAAGCUGACUGACAUAGCUCGCCAUAUCCGAGCUAAACGAGAUCGUUGUGGUGCCCUGGAACUGGAAGGGGUAGAGGUUCGAGUACAGUUAGAUGAAAAAAAGAACAUUCAUGACCUCAUCCCCAAGCAACCUCUGGAGGUCCAUGAGACAGUGGCUGAAUGUAUGAUCCUGGCCAACCACUGGGUAGCCAAGAAGAUCUGGGAGAGCUUCCCUCAUCAGGCUUUAUUGCGCCAACAUCCUUCUCCACACCAGGAGUUUUUCUCUGAGCUCCGGGAAUGUGCUAAAGCAAAAGGCUUCUUCAUUGAUACACGGUCCAAUAAAACACUGGCUGAUUCUCUGGAUAAUGCAAAUGACCCCAAUGAUCCUAUUGUAAACAGACUGCUACGUUCUAUGGCUACACAAGCCAUGUCUAAUGCACUGUAUUUCUCUACUGGAUCAUGUGCAGAGGAAGAGUUCCAUCAUUAUGGUCUUGCGUUAGAUAAAUAUACCCAUUUUACUUCUCCAAUAAGAAGAUAUUCAGAUAUUGUAGUACAUCGACUGUUAAUGGCAGCCAUUUCCAAAGAUAAGAAAAUAGAAAUUAAAGAAAACCUGCUCAGCAACAAGGAUCUUGAGGAAUUAUGCAGACAUAUCAACAACAGAAACCGAGCAGCACAGCAUUCUCAGAAGCAGUCUACUGAACUCUUCCAGUGCAUGUACUUUAAAGACAAGGACCCUGAAACUGAGGAGCGAUGCAUAGCUGAUGGAGUUAUUUAUUCAAUUAGAACAAAUGGUGUGCUUGUAUUUAUUCCAAGGUUUGGGAUUAAAGGUGCUGCUUAUCUAAAAAAUAAAGAUGGUUUAGUGAUCUCAUGUGGCCCAGAUAGCUGUUCUGAGUGGAAACCAGGAUCUCUUCAACGAUUUCAAAACAAAAUCAUCUCUACCACAACAGCAGGACAAUCUGUUACAUUCCAUUUGUUUGACCAUGUAACAGUAAGAAUAUCUGUACAGGCCUUGCGUUGCCAUUCUGAUACAAUCAGGCUUGAAAUAAUAAGUAACAAACCAUACAUGAUACCAAACACAGAACUUUUUCAUCAGAGUUCUCUCUUGCUGAAGAGUGAAUUAGUGAAAGAAGUGACCAGAUCUAUGGAAGAAGCUCAGCUUGCCCAAGAAGUCAAAGUAAAUGUCAUUCAGGAAGAAUAUCAAGAAUACUGCCAAACAAAGGGGAGAAGUCUAUACACACUUCUAGAGGAGAUAAGGGACCUAGCUCUCCUGGAUGUUUCAAGCAAUUACAGAUUAUAAAAUAUUCUUAUUUCAUUAAAAGAGCUUUAUCUUA